AUGGCAAACCUGAACUUCAAUGCUCUUAGAGACUUACAUAACUCCGCUAAUGACCUCCUUCACUCACCGACAAUCAAGCGGACGCUUGUUCACCAGGGGCAAGAAAAAUGGGUUCAUCAAGUCUCGGAAGCAUCUCCGAGAAUGCUGGAAGUUUGCGGCAUUUCCAGAGAUGUUCUGUUGCUUGUCAAGGAACAUGUGCAAGACCUACAAUUUACUUUGCGCAGAGUGAGCACCGAUGAGGCAGACAUUGGAACCAAAAUUGCAGCUUACAACCGGUAUGCAAAGAAACUAAAGAAAGAGACCCUGAAAUGUUUGCAUUCGCUUAAAGGGAUGAGAAACAAGUCUAUCACUUCUGACAUACUAUCACCUAUAGACGACAAUCUCAUGAUGGUAGUCGAUGUGAUGAGAGAAGUGAGAGUGACAGCUAUAUCCGUGGUGGAGCCACUUCUGUCCCUCAUUUCCAUACCCUGGUUAGAGAGAAAAUCAGCUAAAGGGUCUUUCGCCUCAAAGUUCGUACGAUCGAGUUGCCAGAGCUUGUACGAUAUAAGCGAUGAGAUGGCACUGCAAAGCGCAAAUAAAAGAUUGGAGGCAGUGGAAAUAACCAUCGAGGAUCUUGAAGCUGAGCUAGAGUGCAUAUUCAGACGUUUGAUCCAGACUAGAGUUCUACUUCUUAACAUACUUACCAACUAA